GAUCUCGAGUGUGAAGAUGAUUCUGACUGUGGCUCCUGGAAGGUCCCCAAGAAGACAAAUCUCGACUGCGAGGGCAAGUGGUCCGCUGCCAUGAUCAACAACCAUGCCUACAAGGGCGUUUUGUGCUUCCAGAAGAUCACCAGCUCCGACUACGGCGAGGAGGAGAAGACCCCUGGGUUCGAGUCUAUGGGUGCGAUGAGUCUGACCUUUGCAACAACCUUCCAAACAGUUCAUGGAGUUUCGCAAAGAUUGGUUCGAGCUCUGGACCAUGCAGAACGACAUGCUCCACCGUACGAGUCCGGCAAGGACGCAGGCGCAACAACAACAUCAUCAUCAAACUGCGCACAGCAGUUUUCUUUCAUCGUUUUGGCACCUGUGGAUAUGAGUAAUGAGCAGCUCAUGGGUAGUAUGCCCUUGAUGCGGACUUACAACGUGCCAGAAGGUGAGCCGGACUGGGAUGCCAUGGACAGUCUCCUUCCUGAUGGUCUAUCGUACGAUGAGGACAAAGAUCCACUCGCACAAGUCUUUUGCAGUAAGUGCAAGAAGGUGUUUCUCAAGACUGACAAACAUCAAGCGGUGCAUGACGAAGAGGAGCUCGUGGCACGGGAAAAAAGAGCACCAAGGGCCAUCGGAAGCAAGGUGAGGCAGUCAUCAAGAAGAUUGGUAAGGCAGCGAGCCCUAGAUGGUAAGGGACGCUCGUACAUGAAUGGAAGUCGUACGCCUGACCAACUACUCCAUUUUGCCUGUCGCAGUUGCCGUCCAUGGCCGGCGGACGUUCACGGCAGCGGGAAUGUUCAUCCCCACCUUCCCAUAAGGGUCUCGGCCGAGCCCUCGGAGAAAAUGAACCAAUCGGAAAGCUCAAAUCGCUGGGGUGCCGUUAACAAUGCCCUUAUCAGAUCCGAUGUGGGCUGCCGGCGAGCAACAUGGAAUGCAAGAGAACUCAUGUCGGUCUUACCAAACAUUGCAGUAAUUGGUGGUAGCUAUGUUGGUGUAAAUACAGCACAACAACUGGCCAUGAAGUUCUCGGGGCGUUUCCAAGUCCUGUUGAUCGAGAAGAACUCGCAUUUCCAGCAUUUGUUUGCAUUUCCACGAUUCGCGAUGACGAACAAAGUGGAUACGCAUAAAGCGUUCAUUCCUUUCACACCAGGCACGUUUGCCAAUUGUCCUGCUGGAAGCGGUGUUGUGGUUCGAGCUGGUGUAAAGAAGAUCGACAAAGAGGAAAUUUGGUUGGAUCGUAAGGUUGAGGUAAAUGGUCAGGGGCUUGACAGAAUUCCUUAUGCUUAUCUGGCUGAUGGAGUCACUUACCUACGAGAACAUGCGAGGAAAGUCGAAGCAAGCUCUAAGAUCACCAUCAUUGGCGGAGGCGCAGUGGGGGUACAGAUGGCGACCGAUAUCAAAGAGGUGUAUCCCGAGAAGUCCGUCACACUUGUACACUCCAGAACGCAACUCAUGAACAAGUUUCAUCCCCAGCUUGACCACAUCAUCAAGGAGAGAUGCGAAGAGUUGGGUGUCAAACUUAAGCUCGGUUCUAGAGUCAGACUGCCUGCCAAAGGAUACCCAAUUGAUGGGUCGACAUUCGAUGUCGAACUGCAAGACGGUUCGGCCAUCUCUACCGACUUUGCUGUAUGUUCAAAACUCCAUCACAACUUUGUUCUUGGAUCUGAUCAGAUUUUCAGGNUCAUCGCGACGGGUCAAACGCCUCAAUCAGAGCUCAUCCGAGCCCUGUCACCAGAGUCGAUCGAUGAUGCUGGCUUCGUGCGCGUCCAGAAAACGCUACAGAUCAGCGACAACAAAUUCCCGAACAUUUUCGCUGUUGGAGACGUUGCUGAUACCGGAGCCCACAAAGCUGCUCGUCCAGCACUCAGGCAAGCUCCUGUAGUCGUAGAAAAUAUCGAGCACCUAGCCAAGAAUGAGUCUCUGGACACCUACGCUGUCGCUGAAGGACCAUCAAUUCACUUGACAUUGGGUAUUAAUAUCAAAUUCAUUAAUUCACCAGGCGGCGCUCCAGAGCCCAAGGUCAUCUGGGCUGACAACGGGUAA